AUGAAAAUCAACGCUCGUGCUGGUUCGGACAAGUUCACUAUCGAAGUCCACGAGAACGACUUGGUCUCAACUCUCAAAGACAAGAUAACCAAAAAACUGUUCCGUCUCGUCUACUCCGGUCGCCAUUUGGAGGACGGAAAGCAUCUCUCCGACUACAACAUGAAGGAUGGACAUUACGUGGAAGUCCUCGGCCGUCUUCUUUCAUGCACCGAUUGCUCGGAGCACAACCACGGAAAUAUUGACCGUUAG